UAAGAAAAGUACGGAUAUUGGAAAAGGUCUGUUCUGAGCAAGUACUAGUCCCAUUGGGUGUGUACAAGACUCAUUCUUUAGUUGGGCUAGUGUGGGACUGGAUGACUGAGGGAUCUCUAGAUGCAGCACUGCAUGAGUUCUGGAAUGCCCAAUUCCCAAUGUGCUCUAAAUCCUCGUGGUGGCGUAGUGAUUCGCCUCAAUCUGGGUGGCAGAGGACGAAUCUCAGUUGCCUCCGCCUCUGAGACCGUCAAUCCGCGCAUCUUAUCACAUGGCUUGUUGAGCGCGUUACCACGGAGACAUAGCACGUGUGGAGGCUUCACGCUAUUCUCUGUGGCAUCCACGCACAACUCACCAUGCACCCCACCGAGAGCGAACCACAUUAUAGCGACCACGAGAAGGUUAACCCAUGUGACUCUACCCUCCCUAGCAACCGGGCCAAUUUGGUUGUUUAGGAGACCUGGCUGGAGACACUCAGCACACCCUGGAUUCGAACUCAUGACUCCAGGAGUAGUAGUCAGUGUCUUUACUCGCUGAGCUACCCAGGCCCCCCAAAAUGCUAAUUCUUGAUAUCUGGAAUGUAAUUACUACUAGUGAAAAUUCGAAUUUUAGUAGAAUUUCACAACGAUAUUAAGAAUUAGAAUUUUAACUAGUGAAAAUGUUCGAACAUAUACGAAAUAUUAAAAGUCAAUUCGGCCAUAAGUAACUAUAAGGAUUUGAGUCAAAAGUUCAAAACCCUCUUAAAUUAAAAUAUUUUUUGUGAAUUCAAUCCUCCAAACUAAACUAAAACUUUAAUAUCAUACUAUUUUUGUAAUAGCUUUAGGGUAAACAAGUGAACACAGCUAAACCACACUGGAAUGCAUUCAAGCAAGGUUCAACUAUAUAAUGAAGACAGACCUGUUCCCAGAGCUUUCAAUGGCUCUUUGUCUUCAAAUCCUGUUGGAUGUUGCUGAAGGUUUAGCUCAUCUCCAUGCUAUUCCGUUGCCUCAUGGAGCCCUGAAAGCCACUAAUGUUCUUCUCAACCAACACUACCGUGCCAAGUUGUGUGACUGGGGCCAAAAUUUGACGAUGACCACCUCGAAUGGCAAUGGGCCAUGUUACAGAGACUUGGCAUAUAUGUCGCCUGAAGUCAUACUAGGUGCCAUUCCUUCUGUGGAGGCUGACAUAUACAGUUUUGGGGUUCUACUAUGGGAAGUGUUGAACAGAAAGCGUCCAUGUGAAGGUAUUGAUCAACUUCAGACCCAGAUGCUCUUUACUCAGGAUAAGUUGGAGCUUGGUGUGGCGGUUGACUUACUCCCACCAAUGACCCCUCAAAACCAUGCCCUAACCCAGCUCAUGAUUACAUGCUUGAACUGUGAACCUAAUAAACGCCCGUCAGCUGAGGAGUGUGCGGUUGUUCUAAGGACAGCGUUGGCAGCAUUUGAUCCACAGACUUUCAGUGAGGCUGUUCUUCAUGUAAAAGCAUGCAAGGAGAGGAAGCAACUGAGCUAUAAAACCAGCUGGGAGUUGCCUAUUGAGCUACAUAACCUAGAACUCAACAGUGGAUUGAAUGGUCCCAAAAAUUGGACCUCCAAGGUGAUUCCAAGGAGUGAAAAUCAGACCAUGUCUCCGUCACAGAUUCCCAAAGUGCAUGCAAAAAGAAAAGUCUCUCUUCCAACAGCAACAAGGGGCUGUCCUCAGGUUGCAUGCUGUAGGGAUACAGGAAAAGAUUCAGUCCAAUCCGGAAGCACUGGCAGUGGUCAUGGUUUGACUCAGAAUGUUGCAUGUUGUGGAGUGCCCCAGAUACAGAGUCCUACAUCUUUAAGGCCCCUGUGUGUUUCUCUUACAACACUAUUUCAGAGUUCCACGCAGCACAGUGUACCAUGUCAAAUGUCUGCAGGAAUGAGCUGUUGUCGACUCUUGCAGGAGAGACGCGAGACCAUUGUGCGCUGCAUGACCGAAGGACGACUCAACAAAAUACUAGACAUGUUGCGGGCUCGGCAGGCUGUGACGCGUGAGACAUAUGAGAUCAUCACUGCAGCCCUGACCUUGACCGCACGCACUCGCUGUUUACUUGAUAUCUGUGCGUGCCUCGGUGAGAAUGUUGCCAUCUUGGUGGCCACAAAUUUGGGUCUAGUAUCCACUGAAAUUACUCAAAGAGCACAAAAGUGGCAGGCUGGUUAACUUGUGCCAAACAGGCCUGCACUAUAACAUGUCCUUAGUUUUCUAACAUGUUGCAGUUUUCAUUGUAUUCUUGUUUGAGGUGCUCUGAAGCAGAAAUUAAGAGAGGUCAGACUCUCUGGAAUGGUAUGCUGCCAUGCAGUUUCUAAAAAAAUCUCAUCAAAUUAACACCCAUUAUGCAGGGUGUUGCAGAUUUCAUUGUUUCCCAGUUCACAGACUGGAGGGAUUAUUCCAGUGCCUUUGAACAUGACGAUGUUCUGUUGGAGAGGCAAUUACUAUUUUGAUUACAUUCUUUUUGUGUUUAAAUGUGGAGAGGAAAAAUAUAACAAAAAAAAAAAAAAAAAAUCAUUUUAGGAGGAAAUGUAAGACUAUUUCCCUUAAUCAUCCAUACGUCCAUAUACUAUUUCUCACAUGGGGUGUUCAUUGUCAGCAUUUACUCUCAGUUGCCGUUAAUCUUGAAGCAGUUGUUCGAGAUGCUAAUAACAGAUUAUAAAGAGUUUACGCUAUUCUCUUUUCUAGCCUACUCUUCUUCACUUAGAUAUUACAUUUAUUCUUACUCUCACCACAUUCAUUAAGUGUGAAUGUAUUUCUUUGUGUACAAUGCAUUAUGAUACAAUGUUGAAUGUAGUAUGAUGGUAGACUUUAAAAUUGUGCAUGUUGCACAACAGGCUCAGUAGUUAGCAGUUUCUGAUCAUAGUGUAUCUUGCAACAAGACAUUUUUUUAAUUGCAAUUAAUGGAAUAUUGUAUAUCCUAUGUAAAUAGCACACCAUAUAUAAAACAAAAAUUGAAUA